GCGGAAGAGCACGUCGACUGGGGGACGAGUGCGCAGGCUUGACGUCGCGUUUCGUACUUCAGCGGCACCGCGCCGCCACCGUGUGUAGUGUGUUCGUCGCAGGCAAAACGAAGCGGCGUGUCUUCUCCUGCGCUCGCCACGUGCAUGCGAGCGGCGCUUCCGUGGUUCAGGGACGGAGGACGAACGCUCCAAUCACGGUGUGGGUGGCGGUGGACGUUGCUCUUCGUCGGGGAUGUGCGCGAAUGGAGGGAUGCGAUGGGGGUGGCCGUGCUGUGCUGUCGCAGACGGAGAGGACAGCUGUUGCGGCGGCUGCCGUUGCCGUAGUCCGUCGAUACGAAGCGGAGAGGGCGGCGGGCCGCAUGAAGGCAGCGCUUUCCAGGCGGCGACACAGGCUUCUGCUUCAAAGGGUGUUGGACGCCCCAGACUGCAUCACGACUUCUGAGGCCGUGGUUCAGCUGUGCGCUGCAAUCGGCUCCCGUGUGCUUCCCAGGGCGACGCCACGUUGGUGGAUGAGGCGGAGAACUGGCGGGACUUGGGAGGAUUUGCGGGUGUGCGAUGACGCGACGGAUGACUACUUCCGGGAAAAGCUCCGCAUGUCGAGGAGAGUGUUCAUGGAGAUCACCGAAGCCUGUGCGCCUCAUUUGCAACGACAGGUCACGUUUUACAGGGAGCCGCUUCAGCCGGAUCAGAUCGUCGCGUACGCGCUGUAUAGGUGGGCAACAGGAGAGUCGUACAACAACAGCACAUCAUCGUUCGGCAUUGGCAGAGCAUCCGGAGUUCGAGCCGUGCGCGAUGUGACAGCCGCGUUGUUGAGGGUCUACGGGGACAAGAUAUCGUGGCCGACGGGGGUGCGUAAACACGUGGUGCUACGGGCGUUUCAAGACAAGGGCUUUCCCAACUGCCAUGACGCAGUUGACUGCACACACAUCUACGUGGACAAACCGGCGAACACUCCGAGCGAGAACUACUUCGACCGCAAGCACCAUUUCUCCGUCAUUGCGCAGGUGGUGGUGGACCUGGAUCUGCGUGUGCUUUAUGUCUUCGUUGGCUACCCGGGCAGCUGCCACGACAUUCGGGUGAUCCAGCUGUCAAGUCUGUCGAAGCGCGCGGAAGAGGGAACGUUUUUUUGCGGGCCGCCUGUAACGCUGCUGGGAGGGGUGAGGACGAACGGAUACAUCUUGGGCGACAACGGGUAUCCUCCUUCAGAAUGGACAGUGGUGCCGUACGGAGGAAUCAAUCAGCACCCGGACGAGGAAAGGUUCGACAACAAACAGAAGGUCGCUAGAGGUGCUGUGGAGAGGGCAUUCGGGAGGUUGAAGGGGAUGUGGAGGCUCUUCCUGCGGUCGCACAAGACGAACUUGGACACUCUACCGCAGCAGUUCACGGCCGUCUGCAUUCUCCACAACAUCCUGCUCGAUGCUGGAAUCGAGUUCGACGAGAACUUGUUGUGGGAGGUCGACGAGAACGGGGUGAGGCGGCGAGUAGACCUGGGGAUUCAUCGUCCACUGCAGCCAGUGACGAUGCUGACAUCGACGGACGCCGCACACUCGCUCCACAAUGCCCUAGCGGAGCGAAUGAAACACAUCUGAUCGUCGACACCCUUCUGUUUCGCAUGUGCUUUCGAUCGCUGUUUUGCUUCAAAUUAUAAGAUAUUUGUAUUCUUUUAUUUAUUUGUGUGAGGUCGCCGUCGUGCGUCAGGGUGCUGUCCGUCUUUUGAUGACACAUGUUUUCUGUCCACCACAUGUAGCGUCUAUGAUGCAUGUUGUCUGCAGUACUCGGCGUUCGGUUGAUGCUGUUGGUGAAGCUUCGAUGUUGAACUGAUGACGACCACGUGUAUGGAAUGAAAUGUAAUCAACAAA